GAUAAACCAUUUCCAAUGGAAAUGAAACAAAAAGUGUCUAAAUGAAUACAUAUGCACACAUAUGUAUGUGCAACAACAUUUGCAAAUCUUUGUUUAUAAUAGCUGACGCUUAUGGAUUUUAUGGUGGUAAAUAGAGCGAGAAAAGCUAGAAGCCAAGCGCGUUUUCAAUUCGGCAAUUAGUUUUCGGGCUAAAUACACCCCCGCAAAAGCUGCUAACCGAUCGUUUUGUGGACAUCAAAACCCCAAAAAAAAAAAAUAUAACCAAAUCCGAUUCACACAAUGUCCGAUGGAUCACCGCCUCCAUCGAUUUGCUUUAUCCGUGCCGCCGAAUCGUAUCCAAAAUCACAAAUGGAGAAGGAAGACUCCCAGCUGUGUGUCCCAUUUCAAGAGUUGGCCGGCGAAUCGAUUAAGUACCUGGGCCGCACUGACGAUGGCGUCCUUGCCCUGUCCAACUACCGGAUAUUUCUCUCCAAGAAGUCAACCGCCUACGAGACCUACGUACCCCUGGGCCUAAUCGAAUCCGUUCAGGUGCGGGAUCUGUUCCAGCUGAUCGUAAACUGCAAGGACGCCAGCACAGUGCGCUGCUCUUUUCCGUCGGCAGAGCAGUGUGCCGACUGGCAGCGCCGGAUCCACCUGCUCAUCGGAGUGCCCGAGGCCCUGGAGACACUCUUCGCCUUUCCCUUCUAUUCCUGGACCUGCGAUGUGAUCGGAAGCGGAACAGGAAACGGAAAUGGCAGCACCACGGCCAAUGGAAAUGGCCUGGUGACCAAGGAUCGCUUUUCAGCGCUACACAAUGGCUCGGCCAAGCCGAUAGUCCCACAUCACAGUGCCGCGGCGGCCAAUCCUCUGGCUAUUGAUCCCGCCAGCGAGAGCAUCGCCUCCGCCAUGAGCAACCGCCUGCAGCGAUCCGUGCGCUAUGAGAGCGACUUCAAGAACGAGGUGGCCCGCCUGGGAUUCGACCUGAAGAGCUCGUGGCGCAUCUCCACGGCCAAUGCCGACUUCAAGCUCUGCCCCUCGUAUCCACCCAAGUUGCUUGUGCCCUGCUGCAUCACCGACGAGAUGCUGCAUAACGUGGCCAACUUCCGGGGAUCACGCAGGCUGCCGGCCGUCGUCUGGCGGCAUCAGAAGUCGGGCGCCAUUUUGGCCCGAUGCAGCCAGCCGGAGGUGGGUUGGCUGGGCUGGCGAAACACAAGGGAUGAGCAGCUCCUGAAGGCACUGGCCGAUGCCUGUGCCUUUGACCGCGGCGAGCACGCCAGGAAUUCCACCUUCGCUAACACAAAGGCGCAACCAACAAAGGGCUCCAAGGAGACCAACGGCCAGUCGGGCUUGUCCGGCAAGAGUUCACCAUCUCUGGAUGAUUCCUCGCACGAGGAACUCACGCUCGAUGAAAUAAAGAAAAUCCUCAUUGUGGAUGCUCGCAGCUACACAUCCGCGGUUACAAAUCGCGCCAGAGGCGGUGGCUGUGAGUGCAUAGAGUACUAUCCUUGUGCAGAAAUUGAGUUUAUGAACCUGGGCAACAUCCACGCCAUCCGAAAGAGUUUUCAUGCUGUCCGCCAGCUUUGCGCCUCAUCUCCCGAUGAUCCAAACUGGUUCGGACAACUGGAGAAGACCAUGUGGAUGCAGCACCUUUCGGGUCUGCUGGGUGCCACGAUGACUGUUGUGCACACAAUCGAGAAGAAUGGACGGCCCGUACUUGUGCACUGCUCAGAUGGUUGGGAUCGCACUCCGCAGAUCGUGGCUACGGCACAACUCUGUCUGGAUCCGUACUAUAGGACUGUUGAAGGAUUCCGUGUUCUAGUAGAGCGUGAAUGGCUGAACUUUGGUCACAAGUUCGCCGAUCGCUCUGGCAAUGGUCCCAACUCCGACGAAGUCAACGAGCGAUGCCCAGUUUUUCUGCAGUGGCUUGAUCUGGUGCAUCAAAUACACAGACAGUAUCCGUGCAGUUUUGAGUUCAGUAUAAGCUAUUUGAUCAAACUGGCGCAACAUUCGUUGUCCUGUCUGUUCGGCACGUUCCUAUGUAAUUCGCUCAGAGAACGCAUCGAGAAUUCAGUUUUCGACCGAACGUUUUCAGUGUGGCCAUUUUUAGCGGAAACUAUGUAUAGAAAUCCUCUCUAUAAGCAUGAGACUGAAAAGGUUCUUUGGCCGGCGCACAGUGUGCGGUUUUUAUAUUUUUGGUCUGACGUAUACCUUGGUAGUUUAGGCAACAAAAACGGAACUGAUCUGCCAUUACUAAGUAAUGAAAGACAGACGGGACACAACGGCCUAAUGGCGAAGACAAGAUCUUCUGAAGACUUAACAACGAACGAAUUGGGACAGAGCACCAUUUCGAGGAGAUCGAGUGAUCCGAACCUCACAGUUGAAUCCAUUGUUACAGACUGCUUCAAUGCGAACAGCAACUCCAUGUUUGACAUAAGAUCGGAAACCGACAAUAGUGUUAGCGAAAAUGUCCAAGAGAGUGUUAAAGACCCCAAAGAACUUGAGCUGGAUGUGACAGAUGCCAUUGAAUCGGGUCCCUGUGGUCCCCGUUCAAAUCAUCCCAUUCCAGAGUUCCACAACGACCAAAGUACAGCUUCUAACCGUGAUAUAUUGGAAGUAGAAUCACAAUCGCAAAGGCGAAGUUCCUUGGUGUCCACACAGCAACAGAUCCCUGGAUCCGGACGACCUGUCCACGUUCUGGAUCACUCUGAAAAUGAUCAAAAUCCAGUUCCUUCAAUAUCCGAAGACACCAGUGAUAUUUGUCGCGCUUUGUGGCAUGGAGCCAUCGAAACCAGCACUGAUACCCUGAUUCCUGCAGAGCCCGUACAAAAACCAGCCAACAGCGAAGAGAACAGCAGUAGAGAUCGGGAUCGAACGCCACCCAUCGACCUGGCCGGUGGUGAUGGAAAGCUGGAGUCGUCGACCACUGCUGUUGCUGCUGCUGCUGGCCAGAGCAGUAAAAUCAGUCAGAGCUACAAUAAUUUGCCCAAGGUUCACAUGAAACCGAAUGCCGUGAUAUGCCCGCAGCGAGGGGACGCCUUUCCGCAUCACCUGGACCUACAAGUGCCAAGGGAGAGUGCCGGAAAUGCAGACCGUUGCCAGCUGGCGAAGUUGUCCAAAGACGCCAAUGCGAAUGCCAAUGGAUCCGAUGGUUGUUACCAUGCUGAUGAAGGUCUUUUUAUAUCGCCCGAUCUUCAGCGUUUCGUGGCCCAGUCGCCAUUCGAUGCACCCUCUGCGGGCGGUCGAAUCCGUCGCAACACCUGCGGUUCGAGCAACAGUCGCGACUUAAAGUACGCAGCAGAAAACGGCAGCGCACACCAAUUCCCUUCGUCGGGCAUCAUUUCGCUGCCGCCCACACCAUUUCAGGAGCGGGCGCAGUUUACCAUAAGCUGUCCAGAUGGCCUAGCCCAUGGACUCAGCGAACAAAACAUAAGACUCCACCAGAUUGUACAGGAACACAAGCUCCGAGAGGAAAUGCUUCUGCGGGAAAUACACAGCAUGCGAUUGGCUUUAUUGGAGAAAGGUUGUCCCAGCUGCAAUAGCAUCGUUUCGACAAAUAUGGAACAUGAAAAUGGAUCGGAUAUCGUUGAAAAUGCUUCAACAUGUUCCUGGGAAGCCGUCGAAGAACGUAGCGGUCCCCCAUCGUUUGCCCCUUCCUCGAUCCAAGAGAAAAAAGCCUCCAGUGUCCUCUGGGUACCAGAUCAUGCAGUUUCGCGUUGCUCUAGUUGUCAAACUGAGUUCUGGCUUGGACGAAGAAAACAUCAUUGUCGAUCAUGUGGAGAAAUUUUUUGUGCUGACUGCUCGGAAUUUUGGGCUCCUUUGCCAAACGAAAAGCUUUUUAAUCCAGUUAGGCUAUGCGGAUCUUGCUACACGACCGUCACAACAAAUGUCCAAGAGUACGGUGCCGUACCUCCAGAAUCCCAGGUGAAGGACGAGGAGACGUCUUCAGCAAAUUCCUAAGAGCUUUUCCCAAUUAAACUAAGACUCCUCUGUUGUAUCAAUAUGUACAUAUUAUUACUCAAAAAUAUUUAUUGCAUAUGUGUUAGCACCAUAAUAGCGAAAAAUUCAUCUGUGCGUUUAUAUAGAACACGAAAUUAUACAAUUUUGUUAGAAAUAUAUAUGUGGAUAUAUGGAAACAAUUGUAAAUUACAA